AUUGUUUCAGUCAGUCUCAGUCAAUUUUGGCCCGUUGGCCGCACUCUCGACGAUGAGGUGCUGAGAGGAGUCUCUUCGUUUCAUAUUUGCUAUCGGCCAUUGUCUUCUGACAUGGAAACCUAUCAAAAUGGCAGAAGUCAUGCAGAUGUUUUUGUUCCUAUUUAAGUCGAAAUAUCGUCGGAAAAGUUUGUUACGCAAUUAUAAAGGGAACAAUGUUUUAUCCUGCGCAUUAUUGUGGCUAGUGAUAAUUUGGGCGUCGGUGUUACAUUGUGCCGUUAAUGCAACAUCAACGUCAGAUUCGCCCUGUGACCUCGACAGUUGUGUCAACGGGGCCUGUGUCAAUGGCAGCUGCAUCUGCCAUGAGGGUUGGCAAGGACCGGCCUGUCAAUAUUGCGGUGGCAAAGUCAGAUUGACGGAGCCUUCUGGAAGUAUUCAAGACGGAAUUGGUAAUUAUACGACGGAUGUGAAGUGCUCGUGGUUGAUUGAGAGUAAUCCAAAUUCCACGAUACGAAUGCAUAUUGAGGAAUUUGCGACGGAAUGUGGUUGGGAUCAUUUAUACAUUUUCGACGGAGACAGUGUAGAGGCACCAUUGCUCGGUGUCUUUACUGGAUUGAUGCACAAGGAUGGCUACCACAUCCGGAGAGUGCCGGAAGUUAUAGCACGCUCCGGAAAUGCUCUUCUUCAUUUCUACUCAGACGUCGCAUACAAUAUGAGUGGCUUUAAUAUCACCUAUAAGAUAAAUGCAUGUCCCAGCAGAUAUUCGCAUGCAGACUGUUCCGGACAUGGUGUUUGCAUAGAGGGGGUGUGUACGUGUGACGCCACGUGGACUGGGGAAGCCUGUGACGAGCAAGUCUGUCCCAACAAUUGUUCAGCUCACCAUGGUCAGGGCGAAUGCAAUCGAGAGAAGCACCACUGCGAAUGUGCUCGUGGAUUCAAAGGAUCAGACUGCAGUCAGAGAAGUGAGCGCGGCUACUGGGAAUCCAUCACGUACAAGGAUUUUUCCCCGGAAGGCUCAGCCAGUCACUGUGCGAUAGUUUGGAGGGAUUCGCUUUACGUGGUGGGUGGCGAAAGUUUUCAUCGGGCGAAAAUGAUCUAUGUCUACGAUUUCAAUGGAAAUGUUUGGGAAACUCCUCACGUCGAGGGAAAACUUCCACUGCCACGUUAUGGUCAUUCCUGCGUUCUCUUUGGGGACAAAAUUUACUUGUACGGUGGCGUCAUUCAAAAUUCGACAGUAACCAACGAAUUGUGGGCAUUUGAUGUUUCGGCCAAAGUUUGGGAGAACGUCACCGUUCAUGAUGAAUGCAGCAAUCGUUCCAUGUGCGGUCCACUCAAGGUGGCGGGACACACGGCAAAUCUAGUUCACGGGAAAACGGAGAAAAUGGUGAUAAUAUUCGGUCACUCGCCACAAUAUGGUUACUUGAAUACCGUUCAGGAGUAUCAUUUUGGAACACGUGAAUGGCAAAUAGUGGAGACUUAUGGUUUCCCGGUGAAAGGUGGUUAUGGACACAGUUCGGCACACGAUCCAUUGACAAAUCUUAUUUACGUUUAUGGUGGUUGCAUUUCGGAGUCACAACUUUCGCAAACACUAACGAGUAGAUUGUACUCGUACAAUUAUAUGAGACAAGAAUGGAGACUACUGACUUCCGCCCCAUCGGCACGAUUCUUCCACACUGGAGUUUUCAUCACUAGUGGCAUGAUGAUUGUAUUCGGUGGUAAUACGCACAAUGAUACACUUCAUUCGCAUGGCGCGAGAUGCUAUUCGUCCGAUACAAUUGCCUACGAUGCAAUUUGCGAUUCUUGGCAUCAAUUUCCAAUGAAGUGGCAAGGCUCGCCUGAUAAGUGGGAAGAUUCGCCCAAGGAAAUGGUCAAUCUUCCACGAUAUGGACACAGUUCGACGGUUUUUGAGAAAUCAAUGUAUAUUUAUGGUGGUUUCGAUGGACAAAUGCUCUCUGAUAUGCUCAGAUACACGCCUGGAAUUUGUGAGCAUUUAACGUAUCAAAAUUGUUUGAACGCCAGAAUUGGAGUAAAGUGCGUUUGGGACAGAAAGGAGAAUAAAUGUGUGCCAAUAACAAAAAUUGAUAGGCGACGUGAUGAGAGUUAUAUGAAAUGCUUUGAUGAAACACCAUCGCGAGGAAUGACAUCGCUCAAGGAACUUUGUCGAUUAUUGACUGAUUGUUCGGCAUGCGUUCAAACAUCAUAUAAUUGCGUUUGGUGCGGUAAAGUUUGUUCCCAUGAAAUUUGUCAUAUGCGACUUCCGCCAGGACGCGCAGUCGUUACCGAAUUAGAUCAAUGUGAAGCGCACACGGGAAUUGAAUGUCUUCAAUUUCACACGUGUCAAGCAUGCUCCAGUAAUCCUUACUGUACCUGGUCUUGGUCCAAUGGACCCGAUCGAUGUAAACCCAUCGCCAAAAAUCGAGAUCUAAUGGCCAUCAAUGUGACUCAGUCCCAGCGACUGACAAUGGACACGUGUCGCAGUCCAUGUGUGGAGUAUACGUCGUGUAGAAAUUGCACGGAAUCGGAAUGUAUUUGGUGUCAGAAUCAGGGGAAGUGCGUUGAUAGAAAUGCAUAUCCAGCGAGUUUUCCUUAUGGACAAUGUCGUGAGUGGACGACACUUGAUUCACGUUGUCGUGCAACUGAAACGGGAAAAGAGUGGUGUAGCUUCUAUUCGUCGUGCUCGAAUUGUAUUUCCGAUCCGGCUUGUGGCUGGUGUGACGAUGGCUCAGGAACGGGAAGAGGACGAUGUAUGAGCGGCGGAGCUCGACACUGGAACUCUGGAACAGACACAUGCGUUAAUGAUCGGUGGUACUUCACCGAAUGUCCAACUUGCCAAUGUAAUGGCCACAGUACGUGUCUUCCAAAUAGCAGCGUUUGCAUUCAACCAUGUGCUAAUUUAACGUAUGGAUCCCACUGUGAUAAAUGUAUCCCUGGAUAUUACGGGAGUCCUGUUAAUGGCGCAACUUGUCAGCGUUGUUUUUGUAAUGGUCAGGCCAGUCAAUGCACCAGUGAAACGGGAAAAUGUUUCUGUACAACGAAAGGCAUUACUGGUGAUCAUUGUGAACGCUGUGAUGUGAGUGGUCUUUAUCAUGGAGAUCCGACGAAAGGAUCUUGUUUUUACGACCUGGCGAUUGAUUAUCAAUUUACAUUUAAUCUUAGCAAGAAAGAGGAUCGUCAUUACACAGCGAUUAAUUUUAAGAAUUCGCCGCCUAAACCUGAUGUCGACGCAGAAUUCACAAUAACGUGCUCUGUGUUCGCAAAAAUGAAUAUCACAUUCAAGAAGAUCAACAGUCCCGAAUUGCCACUUUUGCACACGAAUUGUUCAACGUACAAACAACGUUUCUACAAAACCGAUUAUAAUUUUGGUAGCGAGGACAACAAUACACUCACCACUUUCUACGUAUACGUUUAUGACUUCCAACCACCAUUGUGGAUACAAAUCUCAUUCUCCCAAUAUUCAAAACUUAAUCUUCAACAAUUUUUCAUCACAUUUUCCACAGACUACAUGACUCCGCACAGGUGUUUUUUCGCUCUUCUGAUGGUGGCAGCAUUCCUCUGGAAAAUCAAACAAAAAUACGACCUGUACCGAAGGAGGCAGAGGCUUUUCGUUGAGAUGCAGCAAAUGGCGAACAGAGCGUUCAGUCAAGUUCUGGUUGAAAUUGAAAAACGUGACAGCAGCGAUUCCGAAACUGAUAGAAAUGAGUCUGAAUUGAAUAAUUCGCGGAAGAAGAAAAAGGAUGCACCGAGUCCAAUUGCUCUUGAGCCAUGUUCAGGGAAUAGAGCAGCGGUUUUAUCAUUGCUAGUCAGAUUACCAACUGGUGGAGAGCCUUAUACACCGGAAGGACAAAGUGCCGGUUUGGCGGUUGCUUCUGCCCUCGUAACAUUGGGCAGUCCUCGAAGACCAUCUCAAGAAUUAACGACAAAGGAGCCGAAGAAAUCGAGAAAAUCAGCCAGCCAACAUCCAGACUCCACGUGCAUUUAGCGGUAAAUUAAACAAAAAAAAUAAUAUUAAUAAUAAUUGAAUAAAAACUCGCCAGGAUAAUGUUUAAUUAGGAGACUUCUCAAAGGUCGUUCCACUUUAUAAAAUUAACUUGCGUCGAUGGAAAGGUCCAAUUUUUCCUCAUUUAGGAAAAAAUAUUUAUCGCUUAAGACUUUGGUGCCUUUUUUUUUAUUUUUGCCAGUUUUGUGUUCAUUUCUCCCUUUUUUUAAAAGAAGACUGGUCUAGCUGAAAUUAAUUAAUUUACUAAUUAAUUAAUAUUGUAUUCUAAAGUUCAAUUUUAUUUGAGCGAGUUUUUUUUCACGCCAAGCUAGAGAAAAACGUAUUUUCAAGUUUUUUUUAAUACCCAUACGUAUUCAUUUUAUAUGUAGUAAUAUUAUUUAGAUGUUUGUUUUUAAUUUUCUCUUCCGUUAGUUUACUGUAAAAUCGUAAAUUUAAUGAAUAGUUUAUUACGAAAUUAAUAAACUAAUUAAAGAUAUUGAUUAAUAUUAAUUAAUAUUAGUUUCUAGUGAUAAAAUGCUAAUUUAAUUAAUAUUGAAAUCAAUUAAUUCCAUCGAUGCGAGAAAUUGUACAGAAUUGUAUAUAUAUAUAAAAAAAAUAUUAGAGAGUCUUUUUGAAGAGUGAAACAUUUUUUUUAUUGUUUCAUUUUUGAAUGCAGGGCUAGGGAGUUUUUUUUUAAUGACGAACGUCCAGGCUUUUUUCUUUGCAAAUUUUUAAAAAUGUUUUAAUUUUUCCUUUUCUAAUAAUUAUCUCAAUGCUUCGGACGUUUUUCAUUAAUUUGACAAACGAAUUUGUAUAAUUAAAAUAAUUAAAUGGUUCCAAGAAUAUUUGGAAAAUUUUCAAAAUAGUGAUUCUGAAACUUAAUGGAACGAAGUCGUUGCAAUAAUAGUGAUAGUUUCGUCUAGAUUUUCACUUUCCAUGGAAUUAACUUCGUCCUUAGGUUUUUAAUACUCAAAAAAGGAAAGCUUUGUUUUUUAGGAAAUUUUCAAUUUAUUAGAUUAAAUAGUAAUUUACUAAUUUUGAUAUUGAAUUCCGUUUCGUUCUUCCUUUCAAGAAUUUUUUAGAAAUCUUUCAAUUCUUCU